GACAAUUCUUAUCAAUCCUGGCAUAUGAUUAUUUUAGUCUUUUAAUUUAAUAGAUAAUGAAAAAGAAAGAGAAAUUAAAAAAAAAAAAAAAAAGUAAAUGCAAAUACAGAGAGUAUCAUUGUCAAAAGUUGAACAUUGGUUUUGGUUUGCCAUCAUUUCCCAAAGACCCAGAAAAAAAGCAACCCACCACCAUCAAUCAUCAUCAUUCAUCAUCAAUCCAUAACCCCAUAACCACCGCUACCCCCACAAUAUACUAUCACCGGAACUAAAGCUUCCUCAGCUCCUUCAAUAUUUCCAUGGAAGAAAAAGAGAAAAAGAACAAGAACAAGAACAAGAAACCAAAACACCAACACCCAAAUGACCAAACCACUAAAUCCACCUCCGAUUUUUCAUUCAAGCCUAGCUCUGAAGUCAAAGGCCUAAGAUUCGGUGGCCAAUUUAUUGUCAAAUCUUUCACCAUCCGCCGCGCUCGCCCCCUUGAAUUCCUCAGCCUCCUCUCUCUCCCACCGACAACCACCGCCUCCGCCCACCAAGAAAAGACGAAACCGCCGUUUGCUUCCACCACCGCUUUCCUGCCGACAAACUUCACGAUCUUGGCGCACCACGCGUGGCAUACUCUGACGCUCGGCUUGGGGACAAAGAAGUCCAAAGUGGUGGUUUUCGUGUUCGAGUCGGAGGCGAUGAAGGCCGCCGCCGACAGGGUGUGGCCGCCGGAAAUCCCACUUGGGGAAGUGAACAAGAAGUUAAUCAGGGGUCAAACAGGGAGUGAAAUGGCUCGAUUUAAGUUCAGGAAAGGGGCAAUCACGUUCUAUGUGUAUGCAGUUAGGAGAAUUGGGACUUGUGGGUUUUCAUCGGCGGAUGAUCUUCGGACAAUUUUGCAGUCGGUUGUGGCAUUGAAUGAUUUCUUGGAUCAUACUGCAAUGCUUGCUAUGCCCAACCAAAGAAGCAUCAAUUAUGGACCCCCUGUUGCCAUGGUUCAUUAGGCAUGUUUUCUUCUUGUUAGUCAAUUUUUUCUUUUUUCAAUUUUCCUUCUCAAAACUCCUCCUUUCUUUUUUCUUUCAUCAUUUGUAUUUUCUGUGUUUAGUUGGAACAUAUCAGUAGUCUUUAAUUAGUUCUCUUCAGGGCUGGGGAAAAUAUUAUUUGAUUUGUUUUUGAGGGAGGAUUCUGAUUAUUAUCUGUUAAGUUCUCUCAUUGUAAUCUAAUCUCGCAGAAUAAAUUUUUUUUUUCUUUUUUGGUGUAAAAUCCAAGGAUUUUGUUUUAUGAAAUAUUAUAUACAUUUGACCAACUUCUUUUCCUAA